AUGGCAGCUUUGAAUCACAACAACAACAACAAAACAAUGGCAGAGACCGACUUCUCACUAAAAGAGACAUGUCCCAAGAUCGGCGGCGGAAGAUCAAUCCCCGGCGGCGAAAUGCUGACGCCAUCGUUCGAUCUCGUGGAACGAAUGUCAUUUCUCUACAUCAGAGUCGUAAAGGCUCGAGCUUUACCUUGCAACGACUCAUUCAUCGAAGUCAUAAUCGGAAACUACAGAGGAAGAACGAAGAAUACCGCAAUCCCUAACCCUAACCCUGAAUUUCACGAAGUCUUCGCCUUUAACAGCGACCGUCUUCAAGGAGAUGUCUUGGAAGUCGCCGUGAAGAUGAAAAACGAAGAGAUUGUUGGUAAGUGUAGAUUCGAAGUGGUCGAGAUUCCGACACGUGUUCCUCCGGACAGUCCAUUGGCUCCUCAAUGGUACAGGUUAGAGGAUAGAAACGGGAACAAGUUUGGAGGAGAGGUUAUGUUAUCUGUAUGGACGGGGACACAAGCUGAUGAAGUCUUCCCUGAAGCUUGGCAUUCGGAUUCCGUCACCGUGAACGGAGAAAACGGCGCGAUCGCUCGGUCUAAGGUCUAUCUAUCUCCGAGGCUAUGGUAUUUGCGAGUGAAUGUCAUUGAGGCUCAAGAUUUGGUUCCACUGCAAGCGAACAGGACGAAUCCGGAGGUUUUAGUAAAAGGGUUUGUAGGGAACGUUGUCGUGAGGAGUAGGACUUCGCAGACGCGGACAUUGAGUCCGGUUUGGAACGAGGAUAUGAUGUUUGUCGCAGUGGAGCCGUUUGAAGACAGUUUGAUACUUACCUUGGAAGAGAAGUUAGGUCCAAAAGAAGAGUGUUUAGGUAAAUGUGAGAUAAAGCUAUCUCAGGUUGAGAGAAGGGUGUUGCCAGGACCUGUACCGGCUCUAUGGUACAACCUCGAGCGCGUCGGGGACUCCGGAUUUGCCGGGAGGAUUCAUCUUCGGGUUUCUUUGGACGGAGGUUACCAUGUGCUCGACGAGUCGAUUCAGUAUAGCAGCGACUACAGAGCUUCUGCUAAGCUUCUAUGGACACCAGCUAUCGGUGUGUUGGAAGUUGGAGUCAUCAGUGCGUCCGGUUUGAUGCCGAUGAAGUCAAGAGACGGUCGUGGCACGACCGAUGCGUAUUGCGUGGCGAAAUACGGGCAGAAAUGGGUGAGGACGAGGACGAUCGUCGAUACUUUUAGCCCUAAAUGGAACGAGCAGUACACUUGGGAGGUUUAUGAUCCUUAUACCGUGAUAACCGUUGCGGUUUUCGACAAUAUGCAUCUGUUAGUACCGGGGAACGCGAACGGUCCGCAAGAUUCAAGAAUCGGUAAGAUCAGGAUACGUUUGUCCACGUUAGAGACAGAGAGGAUCUACACGCAUUCGUAUCCGCUUAUUGUUUUGAAACCGGACGGUGUGAAGAAGAUGGGAGAGAUUCAGCUCGCGGUUCGGUUCUCAUGCACUUCAACGAUCGAUAUGCUUCAGAAAUACUCAGAGCCGUUGCUGCCGGAGAUGCAUUACUUGACGCCAUUGUCAAUCUACCAGCUGGAGAGUCUUAGGCACCAAGCAACUCAUAUCCUCUGUAUGAAGCUAGGUCGAGCCGAGCCGCCUCUAGGAAGAGAUGUGAUUGAGUAUAUGCUUGAUUUCGGAUCUAACAUUUGGAGUUUAAGAAGAGGAAGAGCGAAUUUCGAACGGCUUGUUAGUUUCUUCACAUCGUUGGUUGAUUCUUGGGUUUGGUUUGAUUCGGUUUGCAAAUGGAAGAAACCGGUAAUUACGAUUCUCACGCAUUUCAUCUUCUUGUUCGUUGUUUUUCUCCCCAAGUAUUGCGUCACUUCUCUGCUGUUGUACUGCUUCUUGAUCGGGUUUUAUCGGUAUCAUCUGAGGCCGAGACAUCCUCCUCACAUGGAUAUAAAGCUGUCAAAAGCGGACUCGGCUUUGCCUGAUGAGCUAGACGAAGAGUUCGACGUGUUUCCGAGUGCGAAAUCUGCGGAUUUGGUGAAGAAAAGGUAUGAUAGGUUGAGAGGAAUCGCUGGGAGGAUGAUGAUGGUUUUGGGAGAUUUGGCUACGCAGGGAGAGAGAGUGAAGAAUCUGCUGAGUUGGAGAGAUCCUAGGGCAACGUUUCUGUUUUCCAUGUUUUGUUUGGUUGCUUGUGGAGUAAUCUUCUUGGUCUCCAUGAAGCUGCUCAUGACUUUGCUUGCGUUUUACGUCAUGAGACACCCUAGGCUUAGGGUUUUUGAUAUUCCUUCGGUUCCUCAAAACUUCUUUAGGAGGUUGCCUUCAAGAGCUGAUAGUAUGUUGUGA